UCUUUAUUUGGGGUCAACGACAGACACAUAUUGACUGAGUUUACCUGAACACUGGCUUGUAUUCUUGCAUAGGCAACACGAGCCUCUGUUCUGAAGAGUAGAGCCUGCACUUCUCCAGCAAUUUGGUACUGCCCAGUUUGGGAUUUUUCUAAGCAACGUCGCGAGUUCUUUGCAUUCAUUCUUUUUUGUUGUUAAAAUUGUAGACAGUGCACUGUACUGCAUGCUGACGAUGUAUUUUGGAAUUAAUUGAUGGAUUCGACAUCGGAAUGAAAUACCACGAGUUUUGAGUCUAUGAAUGGAAUUAACAUAACAGCUCAAUGAACAGUGAGUGCAUCAAUUCUGCAAUGAUGGAACCACUUUCUUAGAAACACAAAACCACUUUUUUGUUUUUGUUUGGGGGAGCGGGUGGGGUAUUUAUAAUUUACUUGGAUAUUUGGAGUAUCGUUUUUUGUAUUUUUUUUUUAUCGUUCGUUUGAUCUGUCUUUAAAACAUGGAGCACACCGGAAUAGAACAAGUGAACCAGACUCACCAACAGCACGAACCCAUCAGCUUUGGAAUCGAUCAGAUAUUGAACAACACUGACCAGCAAGCCGGCUGCCGGACAGGCGAAGCGGAUUACCAGCUGGCCAGCAAUGUCUAUGCCAAUGGCUACAACACUGUGUAUAACCCGGCCUGCUCCAUGGCAGCGGGGUUAGCAGGGUCCUAUAACGUUAACAUGAAUGUUAGCAUGCACAUGAAUGUUAAUGUGAACCCCGGAGGUGCAGGCGGAGUAAUCAGGGUCCCAGCCCACAGGCCAAUGCCACCAGCGCCACAUCCACCUCCCCUGACCCACCCGCCUGGCUUCCCUGCCAGCGCGCACACGGUGGGUAACGUGGGGAACUUUACCUUCCCCUGGAUGGAGAGCAGUCGACGAUUUGCAAAGGACAGGCUCACAGCGGCCUUGUCUCCAUUCUCAAUGACCAGGAGGAUUGGACACCCCUAUCAAAACCGGACCCCACCCAAGAGGAAGAAGCCCAGGACGUCGUUCAGUCGAGUCCAGAUCUGUGAGCUGGAGAAGCGCUUCCACCGCCAGAAAUACCUGGCCUCAGCAGAGCGGGCCACCCUGGCCAAGGCACUGAAAAUGACAGAUGCACAAGUCAAGACCUGGUUCCAGAACAGGAGAACAAAGUGGCGGAGGCAGACAGCAGAGGAGCGGGAAGCGGAGAGGCAGCAGGCAAACAGGUUGAUGCUGCAGCUGCAACAGGAGGCUUUUCAGAAGACCCUGAGCCAGCCCAUGCAACAGGACCCUCUCUGCUUGCACAACUCUUCUCUGUACGCCCUGCAAAAUCUCCAGCCUUGGGCAGAAGACAACAAGGUCACCUCUGUCACAAGCAUGGCCUCAGUUGUCUGAGGAAGUGACAGAGGAAGUGAUAGAAAAUAAAAACAAGACCAGCACAGACCGAGACUGAGAAAAGCAUUCGCUCCAGAUACACUGCCAUUUGAGAAUGGUUGGUCGGGAGGAGAAGGGCUCUUCGUUUCUGAAAGGAAUUGUUGCAAAGAAACUGAAGGCUUUUAUUUAAUAUGAGUCUCCUGCUUCCAAGAGCCGGACUCCAGCAUAUACUGAACUGGCUGAAACUUUCACUAGGAUUCAGAAUCAUGAGCACUGGAAUGUUCAUCUGCAAAAUACAUGGAUAUUCUAAAGAAAUAGGACUUUUAACGAACUCAAUGGUUUUAAUAUCCCUACAUCUGUAUUUUUACAAUGCUGUUUGUCCUAACUAAACAUCCAGGCAUUGCAUUACUGUUGUCAAAUUCCAGUCAAUGCAAAGCCAACAACGACAACAACAACAAAAAAAUGAGUACAUGGGCUAAUCAUUUCAAUUCUGCUUUUGCCUACACGUUUAGGCUGUCUGUAAACCUGAACAAGUUUUCUAAGGGUUUUGUCAAUGUUUCCAUUAAGCCUAAUAUAAAUUUACCAAGAGUGGCAAGUGAAUAAUACCAAAGCCCAAUGUCUUUCACACUGCAAUACAGCUUUUUGUAGAAAUAUGCAAUGCAUGUCCCUGAUCUUGCUUUUUAGCUGAACUCUCCAUCUAUGUUUUGCUUUCAUGCAGAUUCAUCGCCAGACCAACGUUUAUACUGUGUGAACUUUCAGCUUGCAAAUGUGCCGUGGGAUUAUAGAAUUUAUGAAUUGGUUGGUGAACUGUACGAUAAUAUCAGAUAAGAACAUACUAACAAAUAAACCUUGCAUAGCUGUCUCAAGGCUAAGGUUCCGUCAUAAACCCGGUUUGUUAUCUUUCGAUCACCCAGGUUCCCAUCAGGUCCUUUUCCCUUCUCAAUGGCAGAUUCCAUUCAAAUGCAUGCAUCAACCUUUGUGGAAAAAUACAUUUUCAAAGCCUUGGCCAAUUCAGAAAAAAAGUACCUCAUAACCUGACCUAUUUCAGGAAGUGCCGUCUCAUUCUUGGCUGUUAAUGACUGCUUCUACUUAUGCCUUAUGUCGUUUGGGUGUUAUGAUUGGUCAAAUUCAUCAGUAAAGCUAAGCCAAGCAAGCAGAGGUGUUACAAGACAGCCUGAAACAACCCCUGCUAGUCAUUGGAUGGCAGCUUUAGGUCCUUGGUGUGUCCUAAUCAUCAUGGUUUUCUAAUCACAACACACACUGCCCCU